GGCGACGCUGUGACGUCACGGCCCUUCCGAACGUCUCCAGAGCGCAUGCGCAGCUCACGCACCGGAGGAAGUCGUCACGGUUCAGUUUCCCGUCGCUUCAUCUUGAACUGAAACACAACAAACCCAUGCCAAUAUAAUGGUCGCGCCCGUUUGAAAGCGAGUUAUUUUGUUUCGCGCCUCAGCGUCAUGUGUUAUAAAUGAAUUCCUGGUCUAAUACUAGCGAGUAAUCUUAAGAAAAAUGGAUAUUUCCACGCCUCCAGAAGAUCAAGAACUGCGUAAUGUCAUUGAUAAACUGGCCCAGUUUGUCGCCCGAAAUGGACCCGAGUUUGAGAAGAUGACCAUGGAGAAGCAGAAGGACAACCUCAAGUUCUCCUUUCUGUUCGGAGGGGAAUAUUUCGGCUACUACAAAUACAAACUGGCCAUCGAACAGCAGCAGCAUUCUGGCUCUCAUGAUGAUGAAUAUAAAAUGGAAGCACUGCUCUGUAAACCCCCGGAUAAAGAGGUCGCAGAUGUUCCCGCGCCAAUGACAAUGCUCCCGCCGCCGCCGAUCCCGCCGACCACGCCGUCUGUGGAGGAGCUGAUCCAGCAGAGCCAGUGGAACCUCCAGCAGCAGGAGCAACACCUGCUCAGCCUCAGACAGGAGCAAGUGACGGCCGCCAUCUCUCUGGCGAUGGAGCAGCAGAUGCAGAAACUGCUGGUGGAGACGCAGCUAGACAUGAACGAGUUCGACAACCUGCUCCAGCCCAUCAUAGACACCUGCACCAAAGACGCCAUAUCGGCUGGAAAGAACUGGAUGUUCAGUAACGCUAAGACCCCGCCGCACUGCGAGCUGAUGGCGUCGCAUCUCAGAAACCGCAUCACUGCGGACGAGGCACAUUUUGAGCUCCGCCUGCAUCUCAUCUAUCUGACCAAUGACGUCCUGCAUCACUGUCAGAGGAAAAAUCAGAGGGAUCUUUUGGCGGCUCUACAGAAGGUCGUGGUUCCCAUUUACUGUACCAGUUUCCUGGCUGUAGAGGAAGACAAGCAGCAGAAAAUCACCCGCCUGCUGCUGCUCUGGGAGAAGAACGGUUACUUUGACGAAGUCACCAUUCAGCAGCUUCAGAGUCCGGCUCUGGGCCUCGGACAGUAUCAGGCGUCGCUCAUCACGGAGUAUGCGCCGGUGGUGCAGCCCGUCCAGAUGGUCUUCCAGCAGCAGAUCCAGGUGCUGAAGACCCAGCACGAGGAGUUUGUGAACAAUCUGAAGCAGCAGCAGACGGUGGCGGUAGCAGCAGCCACGGUCGCCGUCGGUCAGCUGACGCCUGCAGAUGCCGACAUGAAGACUCAAGCACCCUUGACCUCUCAGCCUGAUAUUCAAUGUUUCCGCCUCCAGCCACCAUUCGACCCAGUUCAAGCCCCGCCCCCCUGGAACAGCCACGAGGGCAUGUGGAACGAGCAGCGGGACCCCAACUGGAGCGGCCCUCGGGACGGGGGCCCCGCAGGCCCCUGGAGCAGCCAGAACGAGCCGCCGCCCUCCUGGAGCGGUCAGUUCGACCAGCCGCCAUGGAGCAGCCAGCCAGAUCAGCCGCCGCCGUGGGGCCAGAGGGAGCCUCCCUUCCGCAUGCAGCGUCCGCCGCAUUUCCGUGGGCCCUUCCCUCCCCAUCAGCAGCCGCCGCCAUUCAACCAGCCGCCUCACAACUUCGGACGUUUCCCGCCGCGUUUCAUGCAGGACGAGUUUCCUCCGCGGCAUCACUUCGAACGGCCGCCGUAUCCGCCGCACCGAUUCGACUACCCACAGGGAGACUUCCCAGGAGAGAUCGGUCCGCCUCCUCAUCACCACCCAAACCAGAGGAUACCUCCUCCUGGGAUAUCUGAUCCUCCUCCGUGGGGCGGGAACCAGCAUCCUGAUUUCGGGCCACCGCCCCAAGGCUUUAACGGUCAGGCGCCCCACAUGCGGCGGCAGACCCCUUCUCAUGUCAGUCAGGACGACCCCAGUCUGGUGCCCAAUGUGCCCUACUUCGACCUUCCCGCAGGACUCAUGGCACCGCUCGUGAAGCUUGAAGAUCAUGAUUAUAAGCCUCUGGACCCAAAAGACAUCCGUUUGCCCCCCCCGAUGCCUCCCAGUGACCGUCUGCUGGCUGCAGUGGAGGCGUUUUACAGCCCGCCGUCCCACGACAGACCCAGAAACAGUGAGGGUUGGGAACAGAAUGGUCUGUACGAGUUCUUCCGGGCCAAAAUGAGAGCAAGGCGGAAAAAGGAUCAGGACAAACGCAACAGCACCCGAGGGAAUCCUUCGCGCAGUCGGUCACGCAGUCGAGGACGAUCCACGUCACGCUCCAGCUCCAGAUCUUCCAAAUCCUCUCGCUCCAGAUCCCGAUCCAGAUCCCGUUCUCGCUCCUACUCCAGAUCCCGCUCCAGGAGCAGGAGUCACUCCAGAUCCAGGUCCCGAAGUCGCUCCCGCUCCAGAUCUCGCUCCAGAUCACGAUCUCCAGACAAGCGUUGUGACGCUGCAAAAUCACGCAGUCCGACACCACCCUCCACAUCUGGUUUGGGUUCAGGCCCUGCUGCGUUACCAGCCGACCUCAAGCUGGGCGAAGAAAACAAGGGCCAUCAGAUGCUCAUGAAGAUGGGCUGGAGUGGAUCAGGAGGUCUUGGUGCUAAAGAACAGGGCAUUCAAGACCCCAUCAAAGGAGGAGACAUCCGGGACAAGUGGGACCAGUACAAAGGAGUGGGAGUCCCGCUGGAUGACCCGUACGUGAACUACAGGCGAAACAAAAGCUACAAUUUUGUUGCAAGGAUGAAAGCACGAGAAAAAGUAAUCAGAGACCCCCAGGAGCCCUCCAGCACAGAGUGAUCACCCAUCACACGUGGCCUGUUUUUUUUAAUUAUUUUUUUUACUGUAGAUGUCAAAGCUGUUUUCACAUUCGUUUGGACAUUUUAUCUUGCCCUUGGUUCCUUUUUGUAGUAAAAUGCAUCAAAGCAUCAUAUUGUAACUCAGAGGUGUCAGUGUCAUUGCAAGCGCUUCCUUUGAUUAAUCUGAGACUCUGUACAAGCAAAAUAAAGAUAUCUUAAAAAGGGCACAGUGUUUAGACAAACA